CUCGAGUCUCAGCACUGCUUCGGGAAGCGAUUUCAUAGCUCUUGAUCUAAGUACCUAGUGGAAUGAUACUCGGAACAUUCUCAACCAUAUUGUUGAUUCAUCAUAGCCGAUAGUCAAUUAACAUCAGCCUCAAUUAAUCACCCCAACACCAUGAGCAAAUUCGCCCCCGAUAACCCAGAGUCUGUAAGCAAGGCCAUGCUAAGCUGGGCCCGAGAAAACAGCCACAAAGUCGGCCGCAUAGCUGCUCUAGACUACGGCUGGGAGGCCUGGGUACAAGCCGAUCUAGGCUUAUACCUAUCUGUAGAAGCCAGCACGACCAAAGCAAUCCUACGACGGGAAGAGACCCCAUAUGACGAUGGCAGGCGUGUAGACCUAGGUAUCCACGGACCCGACGACACUCCCUGGCACUGGAUCGAAAUCAAGACCCAAACGCCCAACCAGACAAAGAAAAAAUUCUUGGAAAAUCUAAUGGCCGAUUGGAAAAAGCUUGACAAUGUUGUGGUGGGCCAGUAUCACGCGCGGCUGUGGGCUGUGGGGUUCUGGCCGAAUGAUGGAGAAGGGAAACCGGAAAACUUCGCGAAUUGGGGUUUCGAGGUGGCGAAUGAUAUGUAUGUUUUAUACAGGACUUGGUACAACCCCAAGUUCUCGAAGCUCUAA